UCAGACGCGACAGAAGAACUGACAGUGAUUCUGACUGCUGAACACAAUACAAGAGGAUUCACAGCGGCAAGUUCACAGUUUUAUCAUUUGGGAUUAUGAAGACCUUCAUCUUCUUCACUAUCUGCAUGAUUAAAGGUCACAUGGGCAAUGCUGCUGACAGCGUGCCUGGCAUCGUGGGAGGAAGUGUCAUCAUCAACUGUAUAUAUGGACAUCAAAAUCAGAAAACUAGAGAAAGUGCAAAAAGCUUUUGCAAAGUGUCUGGCAGUGAAUGUACAACCAUGACAGAAGUAAAGAAUGAUUUAUGGAUCCCAGAAGAGAGAUUCUCUAUGACUGAUGAUAAAUCUCUGGGCUUAAUUAGUGUGUUCAUUAGAAACCUGACCGUAAACGAUAGUGGGACGUACAGAUGUAAAGCCGACAGUGCAACGAUUCAGGAGGUGUAUUUCAAUGUGGAACAAGAGCCGUGUUGUGGGAGAUCAGAGGAUCAGACUGCUUAUAUAUUAACUACAGCUGUCAUCCGCUGCAAAUAUCCAGAGAAAUAUAAAGAACAUUCCAAACUAUUCCUCAAAGUUCAGAAUGGAUCAUUAGAGUAUAUUAUUACAGCAUAUGGAGAUUCAGUCACUAGUGGGAGGUUUUCUCUGAAUGUAAACGAACAGGAACAUGUCUUCACUGUGAAUAUUACAGGUGUGAGUAGACGUGAUGCUGGGGUGUAUUUCUGUGGAGUUCACUCCAUCAACCUCAUCUACACUCCCCUUUUCACAGAGAUUCAUCUUCAUGUUUCAGCUUCAGUUGUGAUUAUCAUCAUUUUGGUUUUACUCCUGAUAGCAGUUCCACUGAUUAUAGUGGCUGUACAAAAUAAGGAGUCUAAAGGUCUGCUGUCGUCCUCCACUGUAGAGUUUUAUCCAGUGUUUUAUGAACAGAUCAAAGACACUGGACUUCACUGUAAUCCAGAGGACAGAGACACAAUAACAACUGUGGUUUACAGCUGUGUCGACUCAAGUGCUCUAUCAACACCAAAACACAAAUGAGUUCAUUUCAACUAAUGUAAUAUGUAUUCAUAAACAUAUUAAGAACCAAGAGAAAUCAUCUUUAUUCUUCUCAUAAUUUUCAUUGUUUUGCUGAAAAUGAACUAUGUACUGUGUCAUAUUUGAUCCUGAUAUGUUUACAGCUGACAUACUGAAAUAUGGAUUAUUGAAAUAUUUCAAAUGUAUUCAUUUUUAAAGCUGAACACCAGCAAACACGCAUGUGCAACUGGAAUUAACUACGAGAUUCGCACAGCAUCAGUAACUACAUAGUUACUGCAGCCUUUAAAUAAAGCAACUUAACAUCAGUGUUUCUCAGCUCAUCACUGACUGAAACACAGGCUCUCUUCAGCACAAUGGUGACCCAUUGAUUUCUUCUAUAUCAUUAUGUG